CCGAAGUUCGAUAUCCUCGCAAAUUCAGUCUGGUAGCUCUGUAAAUGUAAUUGAUCCUCAUUCUUUUGCACGGAACUGGCUAAUUGUCGACGUUGGGAAGCCAGACAUAUUGAAACCUCGUCCCCAGGGCUUUUAAAGCAUUCAAGAUGGCAUCUUGUGCGAUACAUCACUCAUCUUCAGCCAGCCGGUCACUUCUACGGACAACGCGAUGGUCUAUCUUGCAAGGAAACAUUGCACGAUGCCUGUCAACAAAAGUUACCCAGACGCCUCAUGUGAUUGGAUCAGCUUGUUACCAUGGCAACAGAUACGACUCGGCAACCAGUCAACCUCCACGUUUCUCUCUGACGGCAUCGUUGACAAAGACGUCUGAAGUCAAACCCAGCGCAGUGGGCAAGAGGCAAGCACGGUUGUAUCCUGUAUCGAACUUAGAGGUCGAUUUCGAGAAAGCGUUCACAAGGCUGACUAUAUCCCCUCUGGAGUCCAGACUUAACGCAGAGCUAAUGCUACCAAGUGUGGAUCGGCACCACGCUAAAGUCAUCUUAGAUCCGUCUCCGUUCGCAUCAUUGCUCCGUGAUUGUCCAACGAUGACUCCCCUUGCGCCGCUCUACGACCCUCUCUCAAAUCCAAACCGCGAGAUCCGACUCCCAUUUAACGAGAACGCGACUAAGAAGCACGCUUCAAACAUCCUCCACAAGCGGCGUCGCAAGAUGAACCGUCACCAGUACCUCAAGUGGAAGAAGCGGAAUAAGUUCAAGCUCCGCAUCCAAAAGCAACGAAAGCAGAAGAAGAAGAGGUUGAAGUGGGAGCAGCAUCUCGCCAAGUUCCGCUUCACAGGACUGAAACCGGGCGAAGGGGAGGAGUACUUGGCGAAGAGGAGGGCCAAGCUGGCCAUCUUCCUGAGGCAUCUUGGGAUUGAGACGGAUGAGGAGGAAGUAGCCAAGAAAACAAAGAUGAGCAGUCGAGUUCAGAAGGUCGGGAGAGUCCUGCCUGAGCCCCUGUUACCCGAACAUGCAAAAACUUUUCCGAACAAUUGAGACGUACAUGCGUGGUUGUUUAUAACAUCUGACAUUCUGUCAAAACCACGUCUAGGCAAAGUUUGAAAUAAAUAUACGACCAAACAGGAUUAGGCAAGUCUAGUAAAGCUGGUCCCAGAGUGCACAAAUUUUUUAUUUCAUUGAUUCAGAAAGGCUAUUCACUUGAAGUCUUUUCAAGCAUCUGGUCUACACAAUGGGCCGGAUUUAGCCCAUCCAUUGGCGUUAGAGGUAAUCCUAUACAAUAGCACUGCCCAGCUCAUGAGUGACAGUCGGUCGAUUAGUCAGUCAGUCAGGUACAACAAAGACUCUAGGCUAGCCUUCUGGAACCAACAAAACAUAUGUGUGGUUGAUUUUGUGGGUUGAUUCAGAAUUCGAUUUUCAGGGUUUUUGUUUGUAAAUUUGUUAUCCUAAAUACACGCGAGAUAAACUUUAAAAAGUUGCAGACCAUAGUUUUGCCUCUAAAGAUGAUUUUCUUGAAUGAUUUAGUUCAAGAAAUGCAUAACCCAAAAUGUUAACAAGAAAUUUCUGUUUUCAACUUUUUUUGACGUCAUCAACUUCAAAUGGGGAUAAUUUUGUCAUGGAAAGUCCGUAUUUGGAAAGUACAUGACAGUCAUUGUAAAGGGGAGAUGUGUAUUUUGUCAUUUUUGUCUCAGAAACCUAUUUUCAACAAGCCGCCCGACAGAAAAUGUCGCUAAUGUGUGGGCUGUUGUGUUUUUCAGUUAAUAAGUAAAUUAAAACAAAUGAAUUUUACACAUAAUUUGUUACUUGAAGCUACAUGCAACAAGUCAUCCUAUUAUGUCAUUUUACACUAAUUUUGAAUGCAAAUUCACGAGCUGCAAACUUGGGACAGCCAAGAUUUUCCGGAAUACCCAAUUUUUGUUAAUUGUUUUAUAGGUCUCGACAUUUAAUAAAGAAAAAAAAAAAAAACCAGUAUAAUUUUUAUCAUAUAAAAUUGUUUUAUUUAUGCAGUAUUGGUUUACUUAGAAAAAUGUGCAGAUUAAGAUAAGUUAUUCAAAAUGCAUUUCCUUAAAGUUUUCCUAGACUAUUUCCUGGAAAAAUAGACUUACUGGAAAAAUAGAUCAAUUUCUAGUUUACAAUUUCAGAAAAAGUUGCAUUUACAAUACAUGGUGCAAAAUCUUUGGAAAUAAAACAUAAUAAAACAAUUCCCAAAUCAGUUAUGCCAUUGAAUACUUAACAUUACUCAGUAAAAAUGGAAUUGUUUCACUGCUUGAUAAGUUGAUACUAAAUAUGUAUUAGAGUACUAAAUAAGGCAUGAUAAUUUAUGACUGUUUUUUCCCCAACCAAAAAGGAAAGAAUUAUAAGUGUUUUGACUACAUGUAUAUUAAAAUAUUUUGUAAUUGAUGACUUUUCAAUCAACUUUGAAACCUAGUUUAAGGUAGAAUGGACAGUUUGUCAUUUGUGAAUAAUUUUUCGUUUAAAGCAACAAAAGUGCUCAAAAUCUUAAGUCGGGUGCUUAACAACUAACUUAAUGAAGUUUCAGCUCUGUGUAUGCUGUAAUAUUUUGAGAAAACAAAAUACACGUGUUUUGGAUCUCGACUUUAAUUCAAAAAGUUUCAGAGUCAUAUUUUGAAUUGCGCCCUCUCGUGACAUGAUCCCAAAAUCAGCAUUCGGAACAUGAUUCUCAUUCAGCUGAUUAAAAUUACGCGGUCACACACUUAACCGACAAAUAGUAACCGCGCACGCGUGUGUGUCCGUGUCAACGCUCACACCCAUUCACAGAUUCACCCAACUACAAACAAAAAUUUUGUUUGCUUUAAAAUGGCAGCAUGCCAAAAGGACUUUCACAGCGAAUUUAGUGUUCAUUACAAUAUGUAAACCAAGUAAGCUUUUAUAUAAUAAUUUGGUCAGUUACUUUUUGGACAGCUGCAAAUGGCCCACUCUUCCUUAUAGUACCUUCUAAUUCAUCAAACUUUGAAUUUUUCUACUCCCCAGAUUGUUAAAUAAAUCUGAUACAAUUCAGUUCCAUGGUAUUUGAA